CUGUAGCUGUGGCUUUGGUGGCGGCGGCGGCGGCGGCUGUGAUAGUGGCGGCGGCAGGGUGUCCGGGAGGCAGCAGCAGCAACGGCAGCGGCAGCGGCGGCCCUGAGGAGAGUGAGGCAGCCCCGUCGGCAGCCGCCCGCGCGUCAGGCGGAACCUCGAGCUGUCCGGCGGUCGCCGGCGCUGAGGCAUUUGCCGUUUCCUACCGGGCUCGGCGCUCCCGGCCCUGGCUGGGCAGGGCAGAGUGCCCCUGGGGAGGGGCGGAGCCGUAGAUAUGGCAUAAGAUAUUUCUUCAAGACUGGACAACUGGUGACCUGCUAUUUUUGAUAGCCUUAAGCUGACUUUAUAGCCAUAGAGAAACCUCACGGAAUUCCGUUGUUGUUUUUGCUUUACACCAUUUCUGGCCCCUAAGUUCAUCCUGCAACCAUGUAUGGAAGUGCUCGAUCAGUAGGGAAAGUGGAACCAAGCAGCCAGAGCCCUGGGCGAUCUCCUCGGCUUCCACGGUCCCCUCGCUUAGGUCAUCGGCGAACAAAUAGUACAGGAGGGAGUUCUGGAAACAGUGUUGGAGGUGGCAGUGGGAAAACCCUGUCAAUGGAGAACAUACAGUCCUUAAAUGCUGCCUAUGCUACAUCUGGCCCCAUGUACCUAAGUGACCAUGAAAACGUGGGUUCAGAAACACCUAAAAGCACCAUGACACUGGGUCGUUCUGGGGGACGCCUGCCUUAUGGUGUUAGGAUGACUGCUAUGGGCAGUAGCCCCAAUAUAGCAAGCAGUGGGGUUGCUAGUGAUACCAUAGCAUUUGGAGAACAUCACCUCCCUCCUGUUAGUAUGGCGUCCACCGUACCUCACUCUCUUCGUCAGGCAAGAGAUAACACCAUCAUGGAUCUGCAGACACAGCUGAAGGAAGUACUAAGAGAAAAUGAUCUUUUGAGGAAGGAUGUGGAAGUAAAGGAAAGCAAAUUAAGUUCUUCGAUGAAUAGCAUCAAAACCUUCUGGAGCCCAGAGCUGAAGAAAGAGCGAGCCUUGAGAAAAGAUGAAGCUUCCAAAAUCACCAUUUGGAAGGAACAGUUCCGAGUUGUGAAGGAAGAAAAUCAGCACAUGCAGAUGACGAUCCAGGCUCUCCAGGAUGAGUUGCGGAUUCAGAGGGACUUGAAUCAGCUGUUUCAACAGGAUAGUAGCAGUAGGACUGGAGAGCCUUGUGUGGCAGAGCUGACAGAGGAGAACUUCCAGAGGCUGCACACUGAGCAUGAGCGGCAAGCCAAAGAGCUGUUUCUUCUGCGGAAGACCCUGGAAGAAAUGGAGCUGCGAAUUGAAACUCAAAAGCAAACCCUAAGUGCUCGGGAUGAGUCCAUUAAGAAGCUUCUGGAGAUGUUACAGAGCAAAGGGCUUUCUGCCAAAGCUACAGAGGAAGACCAUGAAAGAACAAGACGGCUGGCAGAGGCAGAGAUGCAUGUCCACCACCUAGAAAGUCUUUUGGAGCAAAAGGAAAAAGAGAAUAAUAUGUUGAGAGAGGAGAUGCACCGGAGAUUUGAGAAUGCCCCUGAUUCUGCCAAAACAAAAGCCUUGCAAACCGUCAUUGAGAUGAAGGAUUCAAAAAUUUCUUCCAUGGAGCGUGGACUCCGAGACCUGGAAGAGGAAAUUCAGAUGCUGAAAUCAAAUGGGGCUUUGAGCACUGAAGAGCGAGAGGAGGAAAUGAAACAGAUGGAGGUGUAUAGGAGCCACUCUAAAUUCAUGAAGAAUAAGGUAGAACAACUGAAGGAGGAACUAAGUUCGAAAGAGGCUCAAGGGGAGGAGCUGAAAAAGAGAGCGGCUGGUCUUCAGUCUGAGAUUGGCCAGGUGAAACAAGAGUUGUCCAGAAAGGACACUGAACUGCUAGCCUUACAAACCAAGCUAGAAACUCUCACGAACCAGUUCUCAGAUAGUAAGCAACACAUCGAGGUGCUAAAGGAGUCCCUCACUGCUAAGGAACAAAGGGCUGCCAUCCUGCAGACUGAGGUGGAUGCUCUUCGAUUGCGUUUAGAAGAAAAGGAGACUAUGCUAAAUAAAAAAACCAAACAAAUUCAAGAUAUGGCUGAGGAGAAGGGUACACAAGCUGGAGAGAUACACGACCUGAAGGACAUGCUGGACGUGAAGGAACGGAAGGUCAAUGUUCUUCAGAAAAAGAUUGAAAAUCUCCAGGAACAACUGAGAGAUAAAGAAAAGCAGAUGAGCAGUUUGAAAGAGCGAGUCAAGUCUCUGCAGGCGGACACCACCAACACAGACACAGCGCUAACGACCUUGGAGGAGGCUCUUGCAGAGAAAGAACGAACAAUUGAACGCUUAAAGGAGCAGCGGGACAGAGAUGAGCGAGAGAAGCAAGAAGAGAUUGAUACCUACAAGAAAGAUCUUAAAGACUUGAAAGAAAAAGUCAGCCUGUUGCAAGGAGACCUCUCCGAGAAGGAGGCCUCUCUCUUGGAUCUCAAAGAGCAUGCUUCUUCCCUGGCUUCCUCAGGACUGAAAAAGGACUCACGACUCAAGACCCUUGAAAUUGCUCUUGAACAGAAGAAGGAAGAGUGCCUGAAAAUGGAGUCACAGCUGAAGAAGGCACAUGAAGCAACACUGGAAGCCAGAGCCAGUCCAGAGAUGAAUGACCGAAUACAGCAAUUGGAGAGAGAGAUUACCAGGUACAAAGAUGAAUCUAGUAAGGCCCAGACUGAAGUUGAUCGCCUCUUGGAAAUCUUGAAAGAAGUAGAAAAUGAGAAGAAUGACAAAGAUAAGAAGAUAGCUGAGUUAGAAAGUCUCACUUCAAGGCAAGUGAAAGACCAGAAUAAGAAGGUAGCAAAUCUGAAGCACAAGGAGCAGGUGGAGAAGAAGAAGAGUGCACAGAUGCUGGAGGAAGCCCGGAGAAGGGAGGACAGUCUCAGCGACAGCUCUCAGCAGCUGCAGGACAGUCUCCGUAAGAAGGAUAACAGGAUUGAAGAGCUGGAAGAAGCACUGAGAGAAAGUGUACAGAUAACUGCAGAGCGUGAAAUGGUGCUGGCACAAGAGGAAUCAGCCAGGACCAGUGCUGAGAAACAGGUGGAAGAACUGUUGAUGGCCAUGGAGAAGGUGAAGCAGGAACUGGAGUCCAUGAAAGCUAAACUGUCCUCCACUCAACAGUCCCUAGCAGAGAAGGAGACACACCUCACCAAUCUCCGGGCAGAGAGGAGGAAGCACUUAGAGGAAGUUCUGGAGAUGAAGCAAGAAGCUCUUCUGGCUGCUAUUAGUGAAAAGGAUGCUAAUAUAGCUCUUCUAGAGCUUUCGUCCUCUAAGAAAAAGACCCAAGAGGAAGUGGCUGCACUGAAACGGGAAAAGGACCGCCUGGUGCAGCAGCUCAAACACCAGACACAAAAUCGGAUGAAACUAAUGGCUGACAACUAUGAGGAUGACCACUUCAAAGCCUCCCGUUCCAAUCAGACGAACCACAAACCCUCCCCAGACCAGAUCAUCCAGCCCCUCUUAGAACUUGACCAAAAUAGAAGCAAGUUAAAGUUGUAUAUUGGACACCUGACAGCCCUCUGCCAUGACCGAGACCCCUUAAUCCUUCGUGGACUCACUCCACCAGCUUCUUAUAAUGCAGAUGAUGACCAGGCAGCUUGGGAGAAUGAGCUGCAGAAGAUGACCCAGGAGCAGCUUCAGAGUGAGCUGGAGAAAGUUGAAGGGGACAAUGCAGAACUGCAGGAGUUCGCCAACACCAUCCUCCAGCAGAUAGCCGACCACUGCCCUGACAUCCUUGAGCAAGUCGUCAGUGCGCUGGAAGAGUCCUCCUGACGCGCUCCAAGGAGGCUGACCAAGGAGCUAGGAAGGAGAAUGUGAGGGACUCGGUGUUGGAGCCACCUCCACACCAGACCCUGCCAGCUGGAUGUGCGCGUCCAGCCCGUUUGUUUCUCAUCGCACUCUGCCUUCUACUUUGAAUGUUGUCUCUGCGCAAGUCUCCUUGGUCUCCGUGAAGAACUGCCCUGUCAUCAGCAGAAGGGAGCUGGAGAGGCUGGCAGCUCUGCCCUUCCCAGAACAGGAAACAAGAAGCCCACUCGCCUCAUCUGGAGUUCUGUGCUUUCAAAGCUCGCUGCUGAAGCCUUAGGAUGAGUCCUUUCUGCUCAGAGGGUGGAGGAGGGAGCAGUGGCCAGAGACAAAGAGAGGGUGCUGCCCUCGUGUUUACCAGCCUUGCUGUCAUGACCAUCAGAUGGAGGCAGGCCUCACUGUGAACCCUGGCCUGUUGCCUGUCUCACGUGUGCUGCUCUCAGCUGGCGGGAGGAUGAUGUCCACAGUGGUCACCCACUCGCUCUUGUUAAGACCUUCCCACACUGACUGUCAGGUCAGUAUAACCUGAUGAGAAGAGGCUUUAACAUGAAGGGCCCUGUUGUCACUGCUCGCAGCUUUGCUCCUCCAGAGACGAUGUCCCAUAGGGCCAUGCCGAUCCUCCUGAACAUUGCCUACAGUGCUGUCUGUCCCUCCACCUUGCCCCAGGCUACUUAGAACAGGGUUGCUAGAGCAUGCGAUCCCUGCCCACCUUCUCAGUCUGCUCUUCGGGUUCAUCCUCAGGGUCAUAGCCUCAUGCCCUACCUAGAAACUGCUUUUGACACAACUGAGUUUGUCUUAUCUCAUUAACAUUCCUCCCUUCCUCCCUCCAUUCAUUCAUCCAUUCAUUCAUUCAGAAAGUAUUAUGAAAUGUCUUCUGUGUGCAUACAGCGUACAAGGCUGUAUUUUCCACCUUUGGAAAAGCCUCUGAUAGGGAGUGGUGUGGGGACCCCUGAGACAUGCUCAGUUGAGCCGUAGCAGUGAAAGCAUAGCUUCUCCCUCCAGCUUCCUGACUGGUAGUCUUUGUUUCCCACUGAAGAGUCCUCAGUGGGCUUGGCUGGCUGAGCCCCUCUUUGCCUGUGAGGUCCCAUGUGGCAGUUGAGGAUCAUUGCUGUCAGUGUUGUCACCCUGAGAGGUGUUCUGUGUAGGGGGCUGUACUGACCAUUUGUGUCAGCUGACUGCUUCACCAGUGCAUGCACACCCCAUGGAUGCGGCAGCACCAUGCUGCAGCCAGGUGCAGAGGACAGUGCCAUAAGAUAAUCAGCCUGAGAAUAGACAGCGUAGCGGGCAUCCAGCCCUGCGUGCUCUGAAGCAGACACCUAAAGAUGCCCCACCAGCUGCCUCCUCUCUGAAGGAUUUAAUGCUGCCUGUAAGUCCCUUGCAGCCCUCCACCCGGCUACACUCUCAGAAGGAUUUAAUGCGGCCUGUAAGUCCCUUGCAGCCCUCCACUCGGGACCUCACGCAGCUGCCACUGCAGUCACUUCCCCGUUCCCCUUCUUCCCUGCCGUACAGUGUUCACUUGUGUGAGACGCUGAGGUCUGAGUGGACUCUGCCAGGAGCCAGAGUGAUGAUCACUGCUGCUCAGUUCUCUCAGUUCUUUUUAAUUGUCCCAUCCGUAAAUCCCAUAGACGACACCAUAUUUCAGGAUAGGAUUUUACACCCAUAACAACUGGAACCACCACCUAGUAACAACUUCACCAGCUAUGGUGGAAUCCAGAAAACAGUCCCGGUCCACAGGCGCAGCCUGGAGCUGACACUGGCCAGCUGUGGGGGACCACCCCCAGACAGACUCCUGCUGUACCCACUUGGUCUUUGUCUGCCACUCUUUACCUGCUUCCUUCUCUCUGUUUUACAACUUUUCUCCACCAGGUCCCUCCAGAGAGGCUGCGGGAAGGCAAAUUUGUAGGACAGACAUUUUCUGAUCUCUGCAUAGCAAAGGGGUCUCCUCGGGUGGUAAUCCCGUGACUCAAAGGGUUCUGGAGACUGUGGAGGUUUUGUGGUAGGCGAGGCUAAUAGCUUAUCUGGCAUUCAGAUCUUGCUGACUUUUCGUCAUUCACUUAGUCAGAAUUCACUAAAUGCCUAGCUGCCAUUGCCCUAAGACAUGUCAUCCCGUGACGGUCUGCAUGCACUUAGGGUCCUCAAGACAUCUGGCCUUGAGAGCUCACUGCAGGCUGGCUAGGACCGUCCCCAUCACCUCCAUCCACUGUCAAGCCUCAUACCCUUUGCACCUAACAGCUCUACCCCAAAUGAAGGCCAUCAUGAAGAUGCAGUAAGAAAAUGAGGGCUGGAACCCAGUGUGGGGCUCCUACUAAAGCAGCAGCAUAUGAGCCCCGCAUCCCAGGUCUUCAGUGAGUGACUGACUGGUGGCACAUCUGAAUGGGAUUAGCAACGACUUAAAGACCAUUAGAGAUUGGACAAGUCUGAGGGGGCUUCAGCAACCGGAAAUGUGGAGGGCAUCCUCCAGUUCCUGUCAGCCUUGUUUCUCAUGCAUCUUCCCGAGGCCUGAGCGUGCCUCUUCCUCACCUGUGGGCCUUAGAAGUUCUAGGAAAGCAGACUGGGCUGUGAUGACCGACGGUGUUGCAGGUCAGGCUGUGACUGGCCACAUCCCAUCCAUCUGUUUGGCCUCCUAGGAAGAAUAUGUUGGCUGACUUUCUCCCUCGGGAGAGAUGACGUCAGUGCAGAUGGUUCUCACGUGCUACCGUCCUGCCCCUCCACUGCUGACACUGGGAUUGGUUUGGCAUCACACCCUCCUGUGUGACUGAAGCACAGGCCCACUGGCCUCCCUCCAGGUCUUUGAAGAAGGGCAAAGCAAGGAUAUGUCACUAGUGGAAUGUGACACCCACAGGCCCGAGUCCCAGCAGACCCCAUGUCAGCAGUGUCGGUGACUCUCAAGCCUGCCUCCCCAGCCUCCCCUCCUGCCUGCAGAGUCCAGAGCCCAGGAAAGAAAGCAAGAAGGAUGAGCUGCACCACAGGCCUGCCGGGCACCUGCCGUCACUGCCAGUCUCGGAGCUUUGGACCGGUCCAAGGCAUGUUCCCUCCUGUGAGCCACGAGGAUGUCCAGGGAAGAAGAAAGCACACGUGACCUGGGGAUCCUUCUGAACAAAAUGGCUGUCUGUACUCUUUCCAAACUUUUAGUGUCAAAAUUGUAACCAAGUGUCUCCUGAUUCUUCCCACUGUGUUUGGCAAGUGCUGUGACCCUAUUGUAGGUACUUCUCCUCCUGCCUCUUUUGAGGGAGAAGUGAUUUUAGGGGUUGAUUUGGGGGAGCGGGUUAUCUGUCCCGUCCCGCCACCUCUUUUGUUUCUCUGCUUGUUGAUAUUGUCUGUGUGAUUCAGAGAACUGGGGCAGUUACAUUGUGUCCAUUGUUGAGAAUAUUAAAAUAUUAAAAAGUAGUUAUAGAACUGAAAAAUUAAGGAGCUGUGUUUUUAAAAAUGCAAACCCAUAAAUAAUCAUGUUAACGAAGGAAUUCAAGCUAUGGGCAGCCUAGCUCCUCCCACUCCAGGUUGGUGAGGUGGUAGCCAGGCCAGCCCCUGGGAAACACACUGGCCACACUUGAGGUAGGUGACUACCUGGGAACAAGAGACACCCACUCAGUGGAGAAAUGAAAAUCUGGGGCUCCAAGACUCUCAGUCACGUCAGGGUUUUCUGUACAUCCUCAGGUAGAGUUUUCAGCGUUGUAGAGGGUGACCUGAGGAUCACCCUCCCCUCACAUGGGAUCAAGCCUUGUGUGCCUAGUGCUGUGUGGUAACCUGGGCUUGGGCCUGCUUGCCAGACCACAGGGCCUUUUCCUGCCCACUUGGUGCUAUUUCAUUGUGGCCAUCCCACAGGGCAGCCUAGUCUCCAGAGCCUGCAGGCCAGUGCCAUGGAUGGCCCUCAGAGCCUGGCUCUCUCUGGCUUCAGAGCCUCAAUUCCUCUCUUUGAAGCUUUUUAGACUCAAACCCCCUUGGCUCCAGAGAUGCCAGAGUCAAGAAAGGAAGUGAGCCAGGCUGAGGCAAGGAGAUCCACCCUCUGCCACAGUGAGCACACCAGCCAGGCCCCUCUUCCCUGCCACACCAGUAUUAAAUCCAUCCUUGAACGCAUCUGGACCCGCCUGAGGCACAUGCCAGCCAUUGCGCUGGCUGCCCAGUGCAGACCAGAAACCUGUCUUGCGUAGCAGGCUGUCCCAGGAUGGGGAAUUUGGCUUUGUUCUGCACCCUUGAAGCCUUCAGAAGAGGCAUGUUGCACUUUAGUGGGGAGCCCAGAACACUGGGCACUGGCUUCCUGUAGCUUGAGUCCCUGUAGGUAGCAGUGGUGGCAGCCUGGUGGCUUGUGUGAAACAGCUGCAGCUGCUGCCUUCAACUGUGCACAUGCGUGCAGUUACUAGCGUCGAAUUGCCGGCCUGAUGAUGACAUUACAAAGACAUUGUGUUCUGUUCAAUUUUGCCUUGGUAAUUAUUGUAAACACUCUGUUUGAUUUUUUUCUUUUUUAUUCACGAACUAAAUCCAUCAGGAAAUUAUAAACUUAUUUAAAAACUG